GCCUGCGUGUUUCCGCUUCCGCCGCCGUUAGCGGUCCUCCGGCUGUUUACGGAGGCGGCGCAUCCUCUUACACUUCUUAGCAUCAUGUCGGGUGGCCUCUUGAAGGCGCUGCGCAGCGACUCCUACGUGGAAUUGAGCCAGUACCGGGACCAGCACUUUCGGGGUGACAAUGAAGAACAAGAAAAAUUACUGAAGAAAAGCUGCACAUUGUAUGUCGGAAAUCUUUCCUUUUACACAACUGAAGAACAGAUUUAUGAACUCUUCAGCAAAAGUGGUGACAUAAAAAAGAUCAUUAUGGGUUUGGAUAAAAUGAAGAAAACAGCAUGUGGCUUCUGUUUUGUGGAGUACUACUCAAGGCCCGACGCAGAAAAUGCCAUGCGUUUCAUCAACGGAACUCGUCUGGAUGACAGGAUCAUUCGCACAGACUGGGACGCUGGGUUCAAGGAGGGCAGGCAGUACGGGCGUGGGCGAUCUGGAGGCCAGGUUCGCGAUGAGUAUCGGCAGGACUAUGACGCCGGAAGAGGGGGCUAUGGUAAACUGGCACAAAAGCAGUGAGUGGCGAGAGCCCUGUCAGUGCAGAGAUGUCCUCCUUCAAGCCAUUUUCUGAACACCAGAUCAGAGUGUGUUCCUUGUGGCUGGGAAUGGGGUUCAGUAGUACAGCAAAAGAAAUGUGUUCCUCAGCAGCAGAUUUGGUCUAUGAUGGGAAUUAAAUCUGUCAGCCCAAAAUACCAUACUUCUAGGAAGACGAAAAAUGUAAAAAUUUAUUUUCUGAUGCUUGAGUCUAAGGAGGCUCAUGAUCUACACUAGGACUUGGAAUGAUUUUUUUUUUUUUUUUUAAAUUUGAAGUUUGCAUGAUGUAAGGUUAAGAUAAAAUGGGCCAGGGAUAUAGUUCAGUGGCGUAAGUGCCUGCCUGGCAAGUGCAAGGUCCCGAGUUCUAUUCUGGUACCAAAAAAAAAAAAAAUGAGAGUUUUGCUGUUACACAGCUUUACUGUAAAUUAGAAGGAAAUGUCUGACAACUGGAUUUGUUUUCUGCGUUGAAUUCUAAUCUCUAAAGGCAAACUUGGAUCUUCCUAAAUACGUGGCACAAAAGCCUGAGGUCUCAGAGGACCCUCCCCACUUCUGUGCUUUACUUUCAGAAAACAAGAUACAGGACUUGAGUUCUGCUAAAUACUUUUUUCAAAAGAUGUGAUGUUUUGCCUAAAGCUAAAAAGAAAAAGUCUAACACAGAGACACUCGAAGUAUUUAUUUUGCAUUUGUAAAGCAUGAGAUGAUUUAUGUGGGAGUAUAAUUUUUCCUAAUUAGGAAAAAUACAAAGUGUUUUCAUCUAGCAACAGAAUAUCCUCUAACAUCCAGUAGUUUGUAAAGGCUGUGGCUGGAGGGCUCUCCUGUGAGCGUCCUUCACGUUACAAGACAGGGUGGUUUUCUCAUUGAAUUCCAAACUGGUUGUUGGAAUUUUUAAAAAGCUGUCAACAGUUGUGAAAUAGGAAUAAACCAUUUGCAGACAUUUAAUGAGGAUACACUAUUCAUUUGUAAACAUUUGUUUUUAUUCUGUAAUUUGAACUAAUGUAAUUUGUAUUCUUCUGUAGUAAGAUAUAACUCGGAUUUCUAAAGGCCUUAAAACCAAAGAUGCUGGUUCUUAUUUAAAUUGUCUUUUGUAACAGAUUACAAUAAAGUUGGACCAACUCAUUGUC